AUGGCUGAUCUUGCUUUUAUCCAAAAAGAAAUUGAACUAAGUCCCCCCCUCCGUGAGUGAACAAAAAUUUUUUUAUGAAAAAAAAAAUUUGAUAUAUAAGUGAUAAUUAGUAUAAUGAAAUCUCAAGCUAAUUCUGUUUAAUUUUAAACAAAUUGCGUUUUAAAACAUAAAUUUUAUAAAUUAAAUUAAUAUUUGUUUCCUAAUUUUUUCAGAUUAGGAUUUUUUUUAAAAUUUCGAAAAAAAUGUUUUUCUAUAAAAUUUAUAUAUAAAUUUUUUAAAAAAAAAAAAUAGCCAACUCCGUGAGUGAACAAAAUUAUUUUAUUCACUCACGGAGGGGGGGAGAGUAAGGCAAAAUUAGGCAAAUAUUAAAUAUGGCUAGCCAGUCUGCUCUCUUAGCACCUGAAAAUGAUGAUGGCAGUCUGUAAUAUGCAUCCAAUUGGGUUUUGAUUGAUUUAGUUGAGUGCUAUGUCGGAAAAGGCCGAUCGCAGUUCGCAUUCAGGUAAAGAUGCUAUUUCCGAGGAAGAUGGAUUUUCGGAGUUGGAAAAGGGAGGCCCAGCAUAGCCAUCGCACUCUAAUAGCCAAUCUGGCAGUUUCCCCAGGCGAUAUUAGGCAUUCGUCCUGCAUACAAGAUCCAUUUUGGCUGGCAACCUGCCAGAAAAUUUGUUUUUAAAUUUUCUUGCAAAAUUUGGCGGGGGAAAAUUUUAUUUCGCCGCCUUAUAACGGAGCAAAAGUAUUUGUAAUGGGAGAAUUACUGUCUGCCAAAGAUUUUGAAGAUGAUAAUUUGUAUAUUUUUAUGGAUUCAAGAUUGCCACCUAAUUGGCAAUAUAAUUUAGAAGAUUAUUAUGACCCAAGAGCUACAGAAACAGAUGUAAGCGACUUAAUUAACCGUGGGAAGUCAGUGACGCAUUGUUCAAGAGCUGUCCCCAGUGGGAAAAAUAGAAAACCCAUAUCUCAUUUUUGUUUCCCGGUCGCUUGAAAUUUAAUAGCAACUGACGAUGCUCUAUUUCGAGCUUGGCCUCAAGUCUGUGUCCAAGUUAACUCAGUUGACGACUAUGGCCGCCACCAUAUCUUAGGCUACGGCUUCUUUGAGAUCCCUAAUACUCCUGGAUUUCACAAAAUUUCGCUUCAAACCUGAAGGCCAAUUGAAUCAUUGCGCUCAGAAAUUUAUUCCUUUUACUUACUCCCCCUCCAUGAGCGAACCAAAAACCAUAAAAAAUAUCAGGUGCCCUCCGUGAGCAAACCAAAAAUUUUUAUGAAAAAAUAUUUUUGACAAAUAAGUGAUAACUAUUAUAAUGAAAUCUCUAGCUAGUUCUGUUUAAUUUUAAAAAGCUUUGCAUUUUUAAACAUAAAUUUUAUAAAUAAAACUAAUAUUUGCUUUAAAAUUAUUUUGAAGGAUUUUUUUUUAAAUUUUGAAAAAGCAAAUUACUAUAAACUUAUAUAUAAAAUAAAAUUAACUCCCCUCCGUAAGCUAAUAAAUUUUUUUGUUCGCUCACGGAGGGAGGAAAAUUAGGAGGGAGCGUCCGUAUAGAAAAUCCAUGGGAAUUAAGCAACACUUUUAGCUUUGAUGAAGAAGGAGAAAAAUCUGUGGUAAAUCGGUAUGGGCUGAGCACUCAAAGUGGAGGGUCUGUCCAGUUUCAGCUUUCAGUAGCCAUUCAGACACAAACUGAGCUAGAAAAACAAAGAGAAGCUGCCAAAAUUUUGAUACAUAAACAGCAAUCAGAGCUCGUGUGGAGAAGAAACGAGAAAAAGGCUAAAGUGGUAGUAGACAGGACAACUGCCCAAUAUAAAAUUGGAGAUUAUUAA